AUGUUGUCCGAAGAUCCUAUCAAACCUGAAGGGUUUGAUGAGUUGAUAAAUUUAAUAGAAAGAUCGAAUAAUGAAUCAGGAAGUAGUGAAGUACAAGAAACUGUACUUAAACAAUCAUACCAGUAUCUAUUGCAAAACCAACAUAAUCAACAUUGGUUCUGUGAUUCGUAUAUGUUUCGACCAGCAACUCAUGCAUUGAUUCUCUUCUCGUUCCCUAAUAACCAACUCCUUCUGAAAUUACAACCUUUUAUAAAGAGAAGUUUGACAAGUUGUGAAGAUUGUUUAAGAUACUUUAAUAGAGGUAAAGCUGAACUUCGUCUUAAUUUUGCCAUUAAUAAAGGAAUUAAAUUGAAUAUGGUUGAUCAAUUCUUAGCAGUACUAGUACAAUGGGAAUCAUCGAUUCUAGGCCCAAUGUUGACGAAUAUUAACAAUGAGUUACUAAAUCUAAUAACGUUGACAAAUGAAGUUAAUAUUAGCAUUGCUUGGUGUUUGAAUAAUCCAACUAUCCUACGUAACGAAAGAAUAGUGAGAGAGGAAUUCACAAGGCUUAUUAAAUAUUUGUAUGGUAAUAAAUUACUCCCGUUGCCGAAUCAAUUGUUUCCAGGUAUGAUAUACUUAAUGUUUGAAGGUUGUACUGAAGAGAAAAGAUGGGUCAAGCAAUGUUUUUCAAGAUUAUUAGAGUCAAAAUUUCAAUUUAACAAGUUAACAUUAGAAGAAGAAGUAAUUCAUGAAUUUUCAAUUCAUUUCUAUCGAAUACAGAAAUCCGAUUUUUACAAUGAUAGAAAUGCUAUAAUAUUCUGGGGAAAUUUUUAUACAAUUUUGGAUUUUAUUGAUGACGAGUCAUUCAUUCUUCGUUUUAAUACUCCAAAGGAUAUCAAGGUUAUGUCCGAAUCAACAGAAUUAAGAUUUUAUCCAAUAAUAAGACUACUUAUGAAUAGUUUGAUGUCAUACUUGAAAGAACCAUUACCGAUUUUAUUGAAAGUAUUUAGUAAAUUGUUGGGAAGAUAUAAAACCAAAUUCUGGGCAUUUUCCACUCCAAUAAACCAUAUCCAGAUUCUUGACUCCGUUUUAUCUAAUCCUGAAUUCUCAAGACAACUCCAACUGGCAGCAAUUGACGCACAUGGCGUGAAUGAUUGGACGCUAGAUGAAAUAACUGCCUGGAUGUUUAACUUGCUCCCAUCAUUGACAAAAGCUCAAAAAAAUACCUCAUGUAUUCGAUUAGGUUUAUUUUUAUUAAAGCAAAACAUUGCUACGGCUUCCAUUUAUGAUGAUAGAUUAAAGAAAAUGAAGUUAUUGCAGAAUAUUGGUUGUCGUAUUUUGUUGUCUGGAUUUGAUGAUGUUUCCCUUGACCAAGAUAUACUGGAGAAAAACUUUUCCGUAAGCUUAAUGACUGUGAGAGAUAUCAGAACCAGUAUUGAGUAUGAGGCAGACCAGAUUGUUGACUUAUCCUUUGACUCACAAGAACUGAAUCUUGCCAUGCAAUUAGUUGUAAAGUGCAUGAAUUAUGACCUUUCCAUCUUGGCGCACAAUACUGCUCUCUUGCAACAGGAUGUCCCACCAACUACAUUUGAUACAUUUCCACUUCUUUGGGAAACUCUUUGUAAGCGCAAAAUUUAUUCUAAUCUACUUCUAGCAAAGCAGUUAGUGGGUUCUUUGAAACUUACUUCUAAGGUUAUUCAAUUUGCACCUCAGAAAAAUCAAGAGUCUAAUAAGCAAUUAUUUGAUUCUAAAAAGCAGCAUUAUGAGAAUGUAUCGAGGAUUGGCAAUCUUGCAAAGCAAUUGUUGGAGAAAUUGAGUUUAGCUGAUGAAGGUAUCAUAAAGAAUAUUAUUGAAGAUGGUAGUUGUCUGGAUGCAAUUUGGGCUUGUGUUUUUUCUCCAUUACUUAGUCAAUCAGCACUUGGUUUAUUCAAUGGAGUAUUUGAUGCUGAUGGUCGUUUUGAAACAUUUCAAGCAGUUUUAUCCAAGAAUUUAGGUGUGACUUUAGCUUCUAUUAACUUGAAUCUUGAUGUUUUAACAAAAUUACAAGCGUAUGAGCCAACCCCCAAAGCUGUUAGAAUCAUGAUGGAUGUGGUACGUGCAUUGUGUGACCCUCUUAGUCCAAUUCUAGGUACGUCGAGCCAAGUUUCAGAAAAUGGGGAUCAAAUUAUACAAUUAUGGAAGAAUAGUUGGCUGUUUCUAGUAAUGAUUUAUCAGAGAACAUUUGUUUGGGCAAAUCAGUUCCAUUUAGAAGAGUUGGUUGAGUUUACUAGAGAUGUUUUAGAUUUCAGUCAUUUGCUUAUUGAUUCUUUUAGAAUCAUACUUGAUAACAUUAACGCUCAUACCCCAGAAGACACGCCAACCAGAUUGUUCAAAGUAUUUAUGAGUGCAUUUCAUUAUGUUGUUGUUUGGUUGAGGCUUGGUGAUCUUUCCCUUUUGAAUUCAUGUGUGGAUCUUGUUUUUAAGGGGUUUUCAUUAGCUGCAGAAAAUCAUUUUACUAUCGAUACCGAAUUUAUUGAAAAUUUUGCAAGAUUUGGAGCUAAGGCAAAGAAGUUUAACAGUAAGUUAUCUGAAACCCAAAGGCAACAAAUUUUAUCAACGGCUAGAGAAUUUGAUUAUGAAUUAGUUGAUAGAAUCCAAGAAGAUGCAAUUCAGCAUAGACAAGCCAAACAUAAAGUGGAAGUUAUUGAUAUUACUGAUAGUGAAGAAACUCCAGAGCCACCUCUGUCGUCUCAAUACAGUUCCAGAUCGGUCACACCCAAACAACAAACUCUUGGAAGAUUUGGUGUUGUUACUAAUGAGCCCCCAAUUGCACCUCCUCCACUAAUUAAAAAAUUCCAAUCAACAAACCUAGAAGCAAUUAGAAAAGAAUUAAAAAGUGCUAGAGUUGCCCCUGCAAAACCUGUGGCUGCACCCGCGCUUCCAAGGCCAGCAGGUUAUAAUCUGAAGAAAGCCCCUCCUGUUAUCGGUAGGUCCUUGAAUGCGUUGAAGAAAAAGAGAGUUGAUUCGGAUUCGUCAGAUGAAGAACCAGAUACAGAUCUUUCGGAUUUAUUUGUUGAUAAAGGAAAGAAGAAACCUAAGAUUAUAGAAGUGGAUCAUAAUCUCCGAGAAAUCAAUCGUUCAUUGGCAAGGAAAAGGGUGGUUGAUCAAGCGAAAUUAGAACAAGAAAGAAUGAGAAUGAGAUUGAAUGUGAACUUAAAACCAUUAUACGACAAUAUAUUAAGAUGGAACUAUAAUGUCAAGCGAGAUUAUCCUACUGAGGACACUAGCAUGUAUGAGCAAGUUAAAGAUAGAUAUAAAGAUGCGAAUGAGUAUGUGAAAGUAACUGAACCACUUUUGAUGUUAGAAUGUUGGCAAGGUAUCCAAUCUGCAAAGGAUACAGGAACAGAACUUCCGUUUGAGCUUUUGAUUGGUAGUAGGACAAGUGUAGAUGGGUUUUUUGAUGUCUUUGCUUCGAUUGAAAAAAAGACCCUUCAGGAUAGACGAAUUGGGGAAUCCGACCUUCUAGUUCUUGGAUUUAUGAACGACUAUAUUAGUAAUCCGAGGUUGAUGAGGUCUUAUUUGAAAGCGGAAUCUACAAUAACAUGUUUGGCAAAGGUCAGAGAAAUUAAAUCAGCUAAUGCCGAGUUUGCAGAUAUUACAUUUAGGGUUUAUCCAAGUGGUCCAUUAAUGGGUGCACUUACACCAAAAUCCAUUAUCGUUGCUAUGCGUGUUAUGCAAAUGACUACUGUUGAAAGAGAGUUUGCAUCUUUGAAGGGAUUACAAUACUAUGACUUGUUAACUCCCAUCCUUCAUGCUGAGGCUAACCGACCAAUGGAGGUUGAUGACGAAGAAGCUGAAAAAAUGCGUAAAGUGUUUGAUGUUAAUAAAUCCCAAGCUAAAGCAAUCAUGGGCACAUUUAAGAGUGAAGGGUUUUCAUUGAUUCAGGGUCCACCAGGUACAGGUAAAACAAAAACAAUUUUAGGUAUUGUGGGUUAUUCAUUAAGUCAUCAGAAAGACACCAAAAUUAUUGACGCUCCGGGACAGAAGGCUCCGGUUACUGAUCAAGCGAAAGUUUUAAUCUGUGCCCCAAGUAAUGCAGCGGUAGAUGAACUUGUUGUCAGAUUGAGAGAUGGUGUUCGAAAUGCAAAUGGACAACACAUGCCCUUAAGAGUUGUCAGAUUGGGGAGAAGUGAUGCUAUAAACGCUUCUGUCAGAGAUUUGACCUUAGAAGAAUUGGUUGAUAAGGAAUUGCAAGAAAGAUCGUUUGAUGUGAGUAUUGAUCCGACCAUCAGGCAAGAGCAUACGAAAUGUAUAAAAGAAAGGGAUCAAAUAAGAGCUAGAUUGAACACUGAAAGUUUGGACGAAAAGGAGACAACUGAAUUGGAAACAAGGUUACGAGAAGUAAAUAAGAAAAGAAAUGAAUUAGCAAAAAGGUUGGAUGAACAAAGAGAGAGAGCUUCGAUUGCAUACCGUACUAAAGAAAUCGAUAGAAGGAACAUUCAAGCUAGAAUAUUGUCACAGGCACAAGUUAUCUGUUCUACAUUAUCAGGUUCAGCACAUGAUUUUUUGGCUAAUCUCUCGGUUAAAUUUGAUCAAGUGAUAAUUGAUGAGGCAUGUCAAUGUGUUGAGUUAUCAGCUAUCAUUCCAUUAAGAUAUGGUUGUAAGAAAUGUAUUAUGGUUGGUGAUCCAAAUCAGUUACCUCCAACUGUUUUGUCUCAAGCUGCAGCUUCCUACAAUUAUGAGCAGAGUUUGUUUGUAAGAAUGCAGAAGAAUAACCCAUCUUCUGUGUAUCUUUUAGAUGUUCAGUAUAGAAUGCAUCCAAUGAUAUCUCGAUUCCCUAGUGCAGAGUUCUAUAAAUCCAAAUUAAAGGAUGGUGAGGGUAUGGAAGAGAAAACUACGAGACCCUGGCAUGCGGAGCUACCACUUACACCUUACAGAUUCUUUGAUAUCCUUAGUAAGCAUGAACGAGAUAAAACAUCGAAAUCUUUAUUCAACCAGGAGGAAGCCAGGGUUGCGUUGGAAUUAGUUGAGAAAUUGAUGAAUAUUUUGCCAGAGAAGAAAUUUGCAGGACGUAUAGGUAUCAUUUCACCGUAUAAAGAACAAAUUGGAACAAUUAGAAGUAUGUUUGUUAAGAAGUAUGGAAGAAUAAUCACUGAUGAAAUUGAUUUUAAUACAGUUGAUGGGUUCCAAGGUCAGGAAAAAGAGAUUAUUAUUAUGUCAUGUGUUAGAGCAAGCCCUUCAGGUAAUGUGGGAUUUUUAAGUGAUGUUAGACGUAUGAAUGUUGCGCUUACUCGUGCGAGAACGACACUUUGGAUUCUUGGUAACAGGCUGUCCUUGUCGAGAAAUGGGGUGUGGAGGAGAUUACUAGAGGAUGCUGACUCUAGAGGUUGUUUAUCGCAGGCUUAUCCUGGUUUUAUGAAUACAUCUACAGGAGAGAAGCGGAAAGCCGAUCAAGAAAAUUCCUCUGGAAGCAAACUGAAGAAGAGCAAGAAGGAAAAGAAAGAGAGGAAUGAAAAUAAAGAUAAAUCAAAUAAGUCUGAAUCGAAUGAGCAAAGUGAGUCGAAGAAGCCAAAAGGCGUGACUAAACCAAAUGAAGAAUCAGCAGCUAAAAUUCAACCCGUCAGAAGCGGUAUUUUUACGGCUCAGCACCCUGUUCCAAAGCGCCUACCAACAAAGGCUGAUCUGCUAGCAGCGGCUCAUAGGCUUCAAGCGGAAAAGUCGCAGCAUAGGAAUAUGGUUCCACCUGUAAGUACGCUUCCGAAUCUUCCACCGUCCUCUGCUAUCAAUCAACCUGCUAGAACCCCAUCUCCGACUAGUGUGGGAUAUCUUCCGAGCAAACCAACACAUGACGGCGUGAGAAAGACACCUCCGAUAACUAACGCCGGAUAUUUGCCAAGUAAGCCACAGUCUAACAAUUUACAACUGAAUGUUAUGAUACCCACAAAAUCAGGAAUGAUAGGUGCUGUUCCUUCUUCGAAUAGUCAAGAUACCAGCACGUUCCGUCCAACAUCUUCUGGACAUAUUAAGCCCCCUCUUCCCCGUCCCAAUGUUCCUGCUCCAAAGAAGAGUCCUGGAAGUAUCUUUAUACAAAAGAGAAAGCCACCUCCAAAACGCUAG